AGACGAUGUCCGCAUUAUAGGAAUUUGCGGAAUGGGUGGCAUCGGUAAAACAACUCUUGCAAAAGUUGCUUACACUCAAAUGUUACCUCAUUUUGAAGGUAAAUGUUUUCUUGCUGAUAUUUGGGAAGUUUCAAACAAACAUGGACUUGUUUCUUUACAGAAACAACUUAUUUCUCAAAUCUUGCCAGAUGAAUGUUUCAAUUUUUUCAAUGUUCAUGAAGGGAAUGCCAUAAUUAGCCAUAGGUUAUCCAGUAAAAAGGUUCUUGUUGUUCUUGAUGAUGUUGAUAACGUACAACACUUGAAAUGCUUGGUUGGAAGGCAUGAUUGGUUCAAUAUAGGGAGUAGGAUCAUUGUAACAACAAGAGAUGAACAUUUGCUCCGAUCUUAUCGAAUCAAUGAUGUGUAUAAACCUACAACACUGAAUCCAAAUGAUGCAUGUACGCUUUUCAAUUUGAAAGCUUUUGAUAGUGAUACAGUACCAAAAGAUGAUUUCAUUGAGCUCUCUAAACAAGUUGUACGUUAUGCUGGUGGUCUCCCGUUAGCUCUUGAAGUCUUGGGUUCUUUUUUGUACGGUAGAGAUUUAGCUCACUGGAGAAGUGCAAUCGAAAGAUCUUAA